AUGACUACCAGCAUGACUUCCAGCAUGACUUCCAACAUGACUUCCAAUAUUAUUUCCAGCUUGACUUCUACCACUACCAAUACACCUACACCUUCCACAGAUUCCAUUGUGGAUUCAAUAAUAACACCAAUGGAACCGAGUAAAACUCAAGAAUUUAUUAUAAGGCAUGAAAUUAAAGAAUUAGGGAUACAUAAUUUAGUUUGUACAUUACAAUAUGUUGCAGCGAAUGAAGGAAUAAAAAGAUUAUUUAGAAAAUAUUAUAGAUUUCAAGUAUUUAAUCCUUUUGCGGUAAAAACCAAAGCUAAUAAUAUGGGAGAUGGAACUGUAUUUUUAGAAGUUCAAAUACAAAAUGUAUCAGAAAGAUAUAUGUAUUUAGAAAGAAUGAAUUUUGAACCGGGAGAAAUUUUUAAUUAUCAGGAUUUAAAUUAUAAUGAUAAUAAUAUUGAUGAUGGUGGUGAAAACGAUGAAUUUGGGGAAUUUAUGAGUGGAAGUAAUAUAGAUAAUGAAGAUAAUAACAUUUUUAAUCAGAAUAAACAGAAUGAGAAUAAUAAAAUUAACGAUAAUCAAGAAGAGAAUAAAGAAGAAAAUAUAAAGAAGAAUAUAGAAAGUGUUUUUGGAAAUAAUAGUUAUUUAAAUCCUCAAGAUAUUCGACAAUAUUUAUAUAUGUUAAAACCUAAACCAGAAAUAGAUGAUAGAUUAGGACGUACAGCAAAUGCUUUAGGAAAAUUAGACAUAAUUUGGCGAUCACAUUUAGGAGAAACCGGAAGAUUACAAACAUCACAAUUAACCAGAAAAUCACCAAUACUUGAUGAAAUAGAAUUAUCAGUAAUUUCAAUUCCAUCAAUAAUACAAUUAGAAAUUCCAUUUAAAUUAGGAUGUAGAAUAAGAAAUCGAACUACCUCAACAAUAAAAGUUAUAAUAUCUGCCAUAAAGAAUAAAAUGGGAUCAAUAUUAUUAAGUGGACAAAGUUCUGAAAUGUUAGGUGAAAUAAUUUCUGAUGGAAUUAUUGAAUUUGAAUUAGAAUUUUUUCCAUUAAGUCCAGGAUUACAAAGAGUUGGAGGAUUAAAACUUACUGAUAUAAUAUCCGGGUAUACUAAAGAAUUUGAUCAUUUGACUGAUGUUUUUGUAGUUUUCUUGUGA